AUGGACACGCAACAAAGUAAUAAACCUCACAGGUCCAAUUCGAAAAGGGCAACAGCCAAAAUGAAGCUGAGCUCGCAGGGAAAGAAUGCAAAAGCUUUUGCAGUUUCAAGGCCUGGUAAAUUACAGAAACAGGCCAAGAGAUCAAGCGAUCUCAAUGAAAAGAAGUUACAUGUUCCUAUGAUUGACAGGACUCCGGAUGAUGAUCCUCCUCCUGUGAUUGUUGCAGUGGUUGGCCCAAAGGGCACCGGAAAAACAACCUUGAUUAGAUCUCUGAUACGAAGAUUAACGAAGACUACAUUGACAGAUAUCAAGGGUCCUAUUACUGUCGUGAGUGGCAAAAGAAGAAGGCUCACUUUUAUAGAAUGUGGUAAUGAUCUUAACUCAAUGAUAGAUAUUGCGAAAGUUGCAGAUCUGGUUUUGCUCAUGAUUGAUGGCAAUUUUGGAUUUGAGAUGGAAACAAUGGAAUUUCUGAAUAUUGCGCAACAUCACGGAAUGCCUAAGAUACUUGGAGUAACGACUCAUCUUGACCUUUUCAAAAAGCCGGCGACUUUGCGAGCCUCGAAGAAACGAUUGAAACACCGUUUUUGGACCGAAGUUUAUCAAGGGGCAAAGCUUUUCUAUUUAUCGGGAGUUAUCAAUGGCCGCUACCCCGAUAGAGAAAUAUUGAAUCUCACGCGCUUUAUUUCUGUGAUGAAAUUCAGACCUUUGAGAUGGAGAAAUGAACAUCCAUAUCUCCUAGUCGACAGAAUUAUAGAUUUGACGCAUCCUUCUUUAAUAGAAAAAAAUCAGAAGGUCGAUCGAAAGGUUGCUGUUUAUGGAUACAUACAUGGCACUGCAUUGAAAUCGGAGAACCAACGAGUUCAUAUUGCCGGAGUGGGGGAUUAUACAAUUUCUCAUGUAGAGAAAUUACCAGACCCUUGUCCUACACCUUACUACGAGCAAAGGUUGGAAGAAAUUGAACGGGAACAAAGUAAGGAUCCAGAGCAAUGUGGGCAAAAGAGUGUCUUGAGGCGUGGAAGAAGAAAGAGAUUAGAAGACAAACAAAAAAUUAUUUACGGGCCUAUGUCAGAUGUUCAAGGGGUUCUAAUAGAUAAAGAUGCAGUUUAUAUUGACGUUGGAAGCGAGUCAUUCAAAGAAGGAGCCGAGCAAGGCCUUGGUGAGAGAAUGGUGACCAACUUACAGAAAGCUAGUGAGACAUUGGAUGCAAGAUCUUUCAGUAAGGUACAGUUGUUUAGUGACACUCCUGAGUCACUUGCAAACGACGUGCACAACGUCGAGGAUGAGGCUUUCAGACAAGAUAGUGGAAGAAAAGAGCUUAGACAGGCUCGUCCUUAUAUGUUUGAUGAAUCCGAAAUCUCUGAUGACGCGGAAGUUUCCUCCAGUGAUGCAGAAUCCCAUGACAAAGGCGACGAUCGAGAAGAUCUCAACUUUAUGGAGGACAUCCGGAGCUCGUUUCAAAUGCCAAUGGAACUUGAAGAAUCAAACAUUGAGUCUGACUCCGAUUUUGAUUUAUCGGAUGAUGAUACAUUGGAGGCCAAAUCCUACUGGCAAGAAGUUGGCUCGAAGCUGAAUAGCAAUGAAGCGAAGAAGACAUGGGAUAUUAACAAGCUAUUGUAUAUGGAUAAUAUUGACCCGAAUGAUGCAAUAUCCAGAUGGAAGAAAGAAGAAGAAGGACCGGUAUAUUCGAGCCCCAAUGAAGAUGGAGAUGCUGACGAGAAAGAGAAUUACAGGGAGGAUCAAGAUUCGGAAGAAAAUGAUAAUUUCUUUGUCAAGAAGGACAUCUCCGGUAACUUUAAGCAGAGCCAUGAAGUUCUUUAUGGAAACGAUACUUCUGCGAACAAAUUACGUGACAAAUGGCUUGUGGAUAAUUCGGCUUUGGGCAGGUUGAAAAGUCGUUUUUUUGUUUCUCCAAAACAAAGAUUGAAAGAGGUAGAUGCCGACGACAGUGAACCAGAAGCGGAUUACGGAGAUUUUGAAGAUCUGGAAAACGAAGAGGGAAAUUCACCUGCUUCUUCUGAGGAAUCUUGCGGAAACGAUGCAGGGAAUGAUUCGCUUAGUCCUGAUACUGAAGCUACCGACAUCCUAGAGACAAAUGAUUUGGGCUUAGCUAGUGGAGACGAAUCCAGUGAUUUGAGUAUUGAGCGGCAGAGGGAGCGCAAUGCGAAGAGAAAAGAGAAAUUGAAGCAGCAAUUUGAGGAAGAAGAAGAUUUAACAAACAACGAUAUAUUUGACGAAAAUGAUACCUGGUAUGAAUACCAGAAAGCAAAAAUGGCUAAACAGCUUGAGAUUAACAAAGCUGAGCUUGCUGACAUGUCAGAAGACGUCAGGGCACAUAUAGAGGGUUUCGCUGCAGGGUCGUAUGUCAAGUUGACAUUCAAUAAUUUGCCUAUGGAAGUGAUAGAAAACUUUGAUCCAAAAUAUCCUUUGGUUAUUGGUGGUCUUUUACAAACGGAAGAUAGAUUCGGAUUUUUGAAUGCAAGAAUUAGAAGGCACAGAUGGCACAAAAAGGUUUUGAAGACUAACGAUCCACUGAUUUUAUCUUUAGGAUGGAGGAGAUUUCAAACGCUUCCAAUAUACACAACCUCCGACUCAAGAACCAGGAAUAGAAUGCUGAAGUAUACCCCCGAACACACAUAUUGCUUUGCUACUUUUUACGGGCCUUUGGUAGCACCAAAUACUACUUUUUGUGGUGUACAAGCAGUUUCGAAGGAGCUCACGACCGGCUCUUUCAGAAUAGCUGCUACUGGUAUUGUUGAGGACUUGAAUGCUGACGUGGAGAUUGUAAAGAAAUUGAAGCUUGUUGGUUACCCCUACAAGAUUUUCAAGAACACGGCGUUCAUCAAAGAUAUGUUUUCUUCUGCUUUGGAAGUUGCAAAGUUCGAAGGAGCCACUAUCCGAACGGUAUCCGGACUUCGGGGAGAAAUUAAGAGAGCACUUUCAAAACCAGAAGGACAUUUUAGAGCAACCUUUGAGGACAAAAUUUUGAUGAGUGAUAUUGUUUUUCUGAAGACCUGGUACCCGAUCAAGCCAAAAAAGUUUUACAACCCCGUGACAUCUCUGCUCCUAUCUGACAAGGACAAUUGGAGAGGUAUGAAGCUUACGGGAACUUUAAAGGCAGAAAAUAACAUAUCAGCAGUGUCCGAUCCUGAUUCCGAGUACAAGAAGAUUGAACGAAAGGAACGGAAAUUCAAUCCGCUCAAAAUUCCUCGUUCCAUUCAAGCGAACCUGCCUUAUAAGUCUCAGUUACACCAAAUGAGAAAACAGAAGAGGCAAGGAUAUUUGCAAAAGAGAGCAGUCGUUGUGGGAGGUGAAGAGAGGAAAGCAAGAAGCAUUGUUCAAACCGUUCAAACUAUCAAAAAGGAUAAGGAUCAAAAACGUUCGAUGAAGAAACAAGAAAAGAAUGCAGAAAGAUUUCGAAAGUUGGCAAAACUAGAGGAGGCUAAAAGAGAUAAAGAGAAGCAACGAAAGAAGGAGUUUUUCUCGAAAAGUAAGAAGCGUAAACUGGCAACAGCCAGCCUCGCCGCCUCCAGUGAUGCAUCCGGUAAGAAAAGGAAAAAUUAA